GGUGUGUGGGGCUAGGUACCGGCGUGGUUGGGCCACUUUUUGAAUUCGAUGUGAGGGUGACAGGAGAUGAGGCUGAAGCGGCCAGGAGAGCUUUGCAGCUCAUUCCACAUCCUGUGCCAGGGAUCCUCGGGGCACUGGAACAGCAUGGAGGGGAGACUUCCUGGAGGUGGUGCCGAAGCUGGGCCUUGAAGAGUGAGGGUUUGCCUGAGGGACAGGGAGUAGAACAGACUUUCCAGCGGAGACCAGCAAAUGCAGAGCUCCCAGCAGGAAAGAACAAGCCAAGUGCUGGAAACUGCCUGCAUGGCCCUAGCCAGGCCAACAGUAGUAUAGUCUUGGCCGGCAUCUUUGGAGAUGCGCGUUCCCUAAGUACACUCGAAUCUGCAUUCUUGAUUUCUGCAGUGGUUCAGAAGCACAGCUAGGGUCAAGAGGCACCAGCAGUGUUUGCAGGAAGUCCAGGAAGCUCUGGGGUCUGGCUGUGAAGGGCCUGGUAUGGUUGCUUUUCCAAGGGAAUCUGUGUCUAGCCUGUGGGCAUAAGCAGUGGAAACCUUUGGCUCUGGCCCUUAACGCCUUAAAACUACAUGUAGAGGUUUAACAAAUCGCUGUAAAAUGGGCAAGGGCUGUAAAGGCACACAUCGGUAACAAGGUUGGAAACCACCUGUUGCCCAUCAGUCUUGAGUAAAAUUUGACCUGCCCGCAUCGUGGGAAACUGCACCUGCAGAAAAGGAUGGGGGUCCUUUUGUAUACCAUAUGGACCAAUCUGCAAGAUAGUAAGUGUUUCCAAACAGGACAUUCGUGAGCAGAUUUGGGACUACAUGGAGUCACGAAAUUUAGCUGAUUUUCCCCGGCCUGUUCAUCACAGGAUUCCCAACUUCAAGGGCUCUUAUCUGGCUUGCCAAAACAUCAAAGACCUCGAGGUUUUUGCCAGAACGCAGGAAGUUAAAGUGGACCCUGAUAAACCGCUGGAAGGCGUCCGGCUGCUGGCGCUGCAGAGCAAAAAAACGUUGUUGGUUCCAACACCACGACUGAGAACGGGGUUGUUUAAUAAGAUCACACCACCCCCCGGGGCAACUAAAGACAUCUUGAGAAAAUGUGCCACCUCUCAGGGCGUGAGGAACUACAGCACUCCCGUGGGCUUGGAUUCCAGGGUCCUUGUGGACUUAGUGGUGGUGGGGUCCGUGGCUGUUUCUGAAAAAGGCUGGAGAAUUGGGAAGGGAGAAGGCUAUGCCGACCUUGAAUACGCCAUGAUGGUGUCGAUGGGAGCGGUCAGCCAGGGGACGCCGGUGGUCACCAUCGUCCACGACUGCCAGGUUGUCGACAUACCUGAGACACUCCUUGAGGAUCACGACCUCACCGUGGACUAUAUUCUCACUCCAACUCGAGUCGUCACCACGGGCUGUGCGCGCCCCAAGCCAGCAGGAAUCGUGUGGUCCAAGAUCAGCUGUGAGAUGAUGGGGAAAAUGCCAGUCCUCAGAAGCCUGCGCUGCCGAGAGGAGCAGGCCGGGAAGGACGUCACCCUUCGGGAUAAACACCGGAGCCUUCCGGGUGCCGGGGCCGCCCUGAGCACCGUCAGAAGCCCGCGGGAGCUGCCCUCGCUGGAAUCGGGCUCCGUGCCGGGGGAGGAUGUGCCUUCCAGCACUGUUUACGUUGGGAACCUCCCCCGGGACGCCCGGGUGAGUGAGCUGAAGCGAGCCCUCAGCGCACGGGGCGCGGCUCCCUCACGGCUCACUUGGCAGGGGCCGCAGCGCGGGGCCUUCCUCCACUACCGGGACCCGGCCGAGGCCUGGCAGGCCAUCUCUCGCUUGCAGGGCUUCUGUCUGGGCGCCAACACAGCGAGGGUGGCGCUGGCCAGGCAGCAGGGGGCCAGUGGCCCGGCGGGCGGCCGCGCUGGAGAGCCGCACCCUGACCCGUGACAACAUCCCACUCCGGCCCCCGGCGAACUUCAGAGCCCAGCACAGUGGGAUGUGGUGGAGCUUUGCUGCACGAGCUGCUUUGAGUUCAGUCCUUUCCGGG